GCUUAAGCUCAGUCGUUGUGUCUACUUUGUCCAAUGCAGCAGCAACAGCCAAUGCAAUCCGCUGCAGUCCCAUUGCGGCCCUUCCCGCCUGCCCCUCCGACUGCCGCCGACGCUCCAUCCAUCCUCGACGGCGCGUUGCUCGCUCGCGCUGAGGAGAUGCGUGCUACACUGAACGAGUUCCGCUUGUUCGAUCCACGCAUCCAGUGGCAGGACGUCGUCAGCAAGUUCUCAGUGCUGCUCGGCCAGACGCACAACUUUGUCAACCAGCUAUCGCGCCUCCCAGCGCCCUACGAGCUGGCCUUGGUGCCUGGGCAGUUCUCGUCCAAGCGCGACCCGGAGGUGGAGGUGGCCACGCAAGGCCGAAUCUCUGCCGUCAAGCCCGAUGUCAUUCCGGAUGUGCUGUUGCGAUCGCGGCCUCCGCCAGAGCUCGAAGUGUAUGCUGCACCCUUUAAAUCGGCAGCAGCAGCAUUGAGAGAGGAUGUGCGCCAGCAUCUUGUCACGGACGACGCGCAAGCGAUGGACAUGGAUGCGAUCGACCAGCCGUCCAUGCAGCAGCAGGAGGACGAGAUGAUCACUGGCGCUGUCGACUCGCACAACUCGUUCGUCGACGAGUGUCUAGCGGCAGUCGAGCGAGCGCGUGCUUUGAACGACCAGGAAGCGGCAGAGUCCGAGCCCCUCGGCAAUCGUCGCGCUCAGGCCUCGGCAGCCAACACGGAUGCCGGCAUCAUUCGCGCUGCAAUAGAAGCACACGCUCCUUUCACCAAGGCGCUAGUUUCGGCUGUUGUGUACGGCACGCGGUUACGUGGCCAGCCAGUACAGCCCGCAGGACAGCCCGUCGUGCAGCAACCGUUCGCUCGCUGAAAUUCAAGUGCAAGAAACUACCGCAAAAACGAAAGGAUGAAGUUAUUUCAUUGUUACACACACACACACAUAAAGAACAAAACCCAUACAUCAAACGGCCAGUUACAACACAAGACUUUGCAUAAAGGAAAAAAAAAAAAAAAACAAACAGAAAAAACAAAAGUCAAA